CUCUCAUGAGCGGCGCCAUGCGGGCGCUGCACGUUUCCCGUGUACGGACUUUGUAUAGGCGCCUCUUGCAGCUGCACCGGGCUCUGCCCCCGGACCUCAAAGCCCUGGGCGACCAGUACGUGAAGGACGAAUUUAGGAGACAUAAGACCGUUGGUUCUGACGAGGCCCAGCGCUUCUUGCAGGAAUGGGAGAUGUAUGCAGCAGUGUUAUGGCAACAAGCUAUCAAAAACAGACAAAAUUCAACUGAAAAGGCAUGUUUUGGCACCUCUCUCUCAGAAGAAAAACUUAAUGACUUUCGUGAUGAACAAAUUGGACAGUUGCAGGAGCUGAUGCAAGAAGCCACUAAACCCAAUAGGCAAUUUAGUAUUACUGAGUCUAGAAAACCAGAAGUUUAGUCUAUAUAAAGUUUAACAAAACAUGUAAAAUUCAGAACCCCUUAUUUUAAGUAUCAUUGGUUUUUAAAAUUUAUUCAGCUUUGAGGUAAUGAGAAUGCCUGGUGUUAAUGAAAUACUCUUAUUUUUGGAUAUUAUGAAUGCAAUGUAUGGCUCAAGAUCACUACUAGACAGUUGGAAAACUACAUUAUUGGAAUAACAGUACUUGCUGGAUGGAAUUUGAUUUUUGGACUAAAGAAUGGCUCUAAAAUGGAUAAACUUCUGGAAUUUUGUUGAAAAAUUUUUUACAUGUAAAUUCAGUUUAAAUGCUAUUCUUGUUUGUGCUUUGGCCUGUAGCUUUUCUUUAGCCUCAUCAGAUAAGUAUGUAGUGAUAAUGAUAGAUGUAGAGUUUCAACGAGGUUAUUUAAAUACAUUGUCUUUCUGAAAGUUUUAUCAUUUCUACUUCAAUAAUACAUACAUGAUUAUUAUUCUAAUGUGUCCUCUUUCUGAGUCAUUGUCCAUUCACAAUGAAAGGUUAAAGAGAAGCUUUGAAAUUCAGUAUUGUACUACCAUUUGUGUUAUAGAUUAUACAAAGUGUAAUACAUUUCUGGUGUUUGUUAAUAACAGAUUACCACUUAAAUAAUUUGUAGUUACCUUGAGAAUCUUAUUUAUUGCCUAAUGGUAAGGAGAUUUAAAAUAGUUUCAUAAAUUUUACUUACACUUAAUAAACCCAUUCACAUCAUAAAAUGUUUGUGAGUUUUAAAAAAUAUUACAAUAACAAAAAUGACUUGUCUCUUUAGUUAUUGUUAUGGUCAAAUGUUUGUGUCUCCUCAAUAUGUAUGUUGAACCUAAUCCCCAAUGUGAUGGUAUUAUGAGGUGGAAGCUUUAGGAGGUUAUUAGGUCAGGAUAGUGCAGCCCUCAUGAAUGGGACUAGUCCCCUUAUAAAAGAGUUCCCAGAGAGAUCUCUUGCCUCUUCCACUACAUAAGGACACAGUGAAAAGAUGGCCAUCUGUGAGCCAGAAAGGAGGCCCUCACCAGAUACUGAGUCUGCUGGCACCUUGAUCUUGAACUUCCUCGCCUCCAGAACUAUGAGAAAUAAAUUUCUGGUUCUAAGCCACACGGUCUAUGGUAGUUUGUAAUAGUAGCCCAAACAGACUUAGACACUUAUGGAUGUUUACACUGAGAUUCUAAGUGAUCAUUUUUCAUAUGCAAUUGCAUUUAUGACAGCUCUUUAAAAACUGAUGUCUUUUCUCUAGUUUGCUGUCUCAUGUACUCUCUUUGUAUAUGGCUGCUAGGCCCCUUAGCUCUUUCUUCCAUCCCUCUUUGAGUCAAUCUGUCAGUUGAUCUUUUUCUCAUUGAAAGACAGGCAAUCAUUCAAUCAGUAAUUAAUGUACUCUUUAUAUUAUAACAGUCCCCAGGGAUACAACAAUGAAAAAGAUAAAACUCCUGCCGUCAAGAAGUUUAAAAUCUAGUUGUGCACUCAGGGACCCUGUUUCAUCAUGAACAAAAAUAUUACAGCCUCAGACUCUUUAUUAUCUUUUUUGUCUUGCCUAAUACACAUCUAAUACCUGUGAAGACAUUGCUUCUCUGUAGUCUUUUGAAGUGGGACUUGUCAAUCCUUUUACAACUCACUAUAACAUAGAGCCCUGUUCUGUUGUUCCUUUCAGUCCAUCACUGUCCCUCCCUCACUUAAGAAUUCCUUUUUGUCUUUUUCUUUUUGGGUAUUCUUCCCCCUUCCUCCUGUACUUUGGCACCUGACUCACACCUCUCUAUUUCAUGUCUUGCCAUCAUCAGGUGACCUUAGUGUCUAUGUGGUUGACUUAUUCAGUAGCCUAAUGAUUCUUUGGCAUUUUUCGCCCACCCAUGUCAUGGCUGCACUUAAACUUUUACUCUAUUCAGAACUGUUCUGAAAUUAUUAAUUACAGCAUCUCGUGCUUUUGUCACUCUCUUAACAAUGUAAUCACUUUCUUGUUCCCACUGUACCUUGUCAUUAAUUCAACAAAUACCUGUUUAAAACCUGCAUAUGCCAGCAUCUAGAUACUAGGGAUACAGCAGUCAUCAACGACAGAAAGUCCACCCCCAAUGAAACUCACAUUCUGAUGGAGGGAAACCAAAUACAUAAAUAAAAUAAGGUGAUAAAUACUGUGGAGAAAAAUAAAGUGAGAAUAGAGGGUAGAGGUGGGGGUAGGGCUCUGGUUCCCAAAUUGUGAACUGAUAUGCCCUGGGGCACCACAGAGAACUCACAAGGGUGCUGCGGGAUAUUUUUAAUUUUUGAGAAAAUCACAGCCACAUUGGUUGGACACCACACAAAUUACUAGCUUAGGGUAUUUCACAGUUUUACCAUUCGAUCACUAUAUUCUUUCCAAUGACAUCUUCACGAAGCUGAGCUUUUAAUGGUUGCUGUGAUUAAAAGGCAAAUAUCACAAAAAUUAACAGAAAAUGAAGGUGGUAGUGUCCAAUGUGAUUCCAAAGUUUGAGAAGUUGUGUAGGGUCCAACAGGAGUUAAGCUGUUUGGCAUAAGUACUUGAUAAGUUGUUUGGACUAUUUAAUGAACAAAACUAAAUUUUUGUUGUUGUUUUUGCCUUCAUGUUGUUUUCAUGUGCUGUGAAGAUGCUGAGAUGCUAAGACUGUAUACUGAGAGAGUUUGGGAACUGCUGAAAUAGGGAGUAUCAGGAGUGGUCUUUAACAAUAAACUUAUCAGUCUUUUGAAUA